AGAGGAGGGAUCUCCCGGGAAUGGAUCCUCUCAAUUGUUAAAAAAAAAUUGAGAGUGUAAAAUGUGAUUUCUAACCUUUUAUUGUUCUCUCUCUCAUAUUUAUUUCUGGACCCAUUUAUAAAAUUAAUGGUGGGAGAUCACACUUUACUCCCUCAAUUGUUAAAAAAAAAUUGAGAGGAUUUUCCCGGAUCUCCCCCUUCGUCUUUCGCAUCUGACAUGUCAUCGGCAAAUUCGUUCUCAUCAGGAAGAAGCUUUUCGCCGUCAAAAGAUGACAAACAAGAAAUUCUUGACACGGCAUCAUCAGCAGCAUCACCUCCUCGUUAUGAUCCACUCAAUCCUCGUUAUGAACCAGGCAUUCUCGAUACAAUUUACAAGGAUCUUCCACCUCCUUCUCCCCAACCUAAAGAUGAGAUAUCUCCCAAACCAAAGGCUUCUAAAUAUGUGACACCAAAAAUUUUUAGCAAUAUACCAUCACCAUCAGCAAUAGCAGCCAGAGUCCCCUAUGCAGGCUAUACUCUUACUGAACCAAAUCCGCCCAAAGAAGAGAUACAAGGGAUUUUUGAGCGUCGUUGUCAUUGGCAUAUUUUGGCUAUGAAACACUACAAUGACACACGAAAGGAAGGGGAAGAUGAGUAUAAGCUUUCGACGUCCUCGAUUCCCAAGAGAAUGGUUCAACCUUAUAUUCCUCUUGGCUUCCUUCAUAAGUUGAUGUGGGAGGGGAAGCCUAUAUCAACCGAAAAGUCCGAUUCCGCCAAGUAUUUUUUUGGUGCAGUCCAUGAAAUGAAUCCUGAUGAAAUGCACGUAGCAUAUGCCAAACGACUUAAACUAGAUCGUUUCUUGGAUCUUAGUCCUGCUCAACUUCCUACACGCUGUGAGAGAUGUGAUAUUAAGGAUCAUGAUGACUUUAGGCAAAGAGAUCAAGAUUUAGAGGACCGAGUGAAAAAAAAUGCCUCUAUGUCUUUCUGUCUUGGAUCCAGCUUCAGAGAUGGACUCGAUAGAAUCACACCAGCUAGGGACUCCAACCGUUAUGAAGGUGGUGGUAUGGAAGAAGAGAUGCACAAAAAGAAUUGUGAUGAUGCUGGUGUUAUUGAAGAUGAGACACCCAAAAAGAAGGCAAAUUUUGAAGAAGGCUCGGAGAAGCUACAGUUACAGGGCAACCCUUUUGGCAGGAGAUGAUGAAACCAAAUCGUGCAGUAGAUAUUAUUUAUGUCCCUAUAUGAGCAGUGAGCCAUCUAAAGAAUAAUAGAAGGAACGAAUUCAAGAUCUAGUAUAGAAUAAGGAGGUGUGCUAUGAUUUUGUUUGAUUAAUGAUAAUCAUCCUUACCUGUUUUUUAUACUUUAUUUUUUGGUCAUGAUGUCGAAUUUACAAGCCUGGAAUUACCAAGGUUUGAACUUAGUACGAAUGAUUAUAUGUAGUGUGCACAUUCGUUUUAUUAAAUUCAAAUAAAAAUAUUGAAAACAUAUUAAUUAUAAGGCCAUGACCAUGAGUAUUCCUUACUAA